UAAAAUUUUCCGUCGCGACGAAAAGCUGUGAAGACAGUAGGAUCUGUCGACAUAUACCUGAUCAUACCUGACUGUUUUCAUGCGCUGCUAGCUGAACAAGGUCAAGCUUGAAGAGAAAGGCAAGAGUGCACAUGCACCGGAAAAUAUAAAUCCUCUCCGCGAAGAUAAUGAGCCUGAAUAUCAGGAAGAAGCGACUUCCAUAGCCCCGGGCACUGACGUCAUAACCGGCCCGCGUCUUUCCACCAAUGAGAUCUUCUUGUCUUGCCUUCAAACUCUGGACCAGUGGCUCGGAGUCGCCUCAGUAUGGACCAACGUCUGAUGGUUGUGGUAGUCACUCGUUUUCCGUUGUGACGAAAAGUUGUGAAUUUCGAAGACAGGAGGAUCUGACGACAUACACCUGGCUGUUUUCAUGCCGACAUGCGCUACUGAACAAGAUCAAGCUUGAAGAGGGAGGCAAACGUUCACGGUUCUUCCCAUAAAGAGCAAGUGGAGACAAGAAAAGCCUCUGCACACCCUUUCGUCUGUCAACAAGCUUAACUGAGCCCCAAAUAUAGAAAAUUCAUUGGUACUUAUCUCUGAAUUCCUGUAAUAGAUGGCUCUUAGCUAUAGGAAGAGAAUCGCCAUGUUGGUUUUCCUGUCCCUGGUGACUACCGCCACAGCCUCAGCUAGCCUCUGUCCCCCUCUCUGUAUUCUAGCAGGCUGGAAUGACUGUGUGCGUGGUCAGAGAAUGAUGGGGAUGACAACAACCUGUAUCUUAUGUCAGGAUGCCGACGUCAUUGUCACUGAUGCACCUGUCCCAGCGGAACCCUGUGUAAUAGGGGUAGCGCCACGUCUCGCAAUAAGGGGACACCCUUUCGGUCUCCUGUCAGCAAAGAAGCUGUCUGCAUUUGACCACUCUGUAGUAGAAAACUUAGUCUUGGUGGAAGGUGGGAUUGUAGACGUAGAGGGGGGCACCUUUAGUGGGUUUUGGCACCUGAAGUCCUUGGGCUUGGAUUACAACAGACUGACACGUGUCAAACGGAGCUGGUUUGCUGGCUUGACAGAGCUUAUUCAACUGCGGCUGACGCACAACAGAAUAACGGAGAUCGAUUCUGGGUGUUUUAAAGACUUGACAAACCUUCUGAUGCUCAGACUGGAGGGUAACCACUUACAGCACAUAGACCCUGCCUGGUUCCACGGCCUGAAUACACUAACGGAGCUGAACUUGGAGGAGAAUAAGAUAAGGCACCUUCCUCCAGGUGUAUUUCACAGCAUGCCUCUCCAUCAUCUGCUCCUGAAAGGCAAUCACCUGUCUUGUCUUGUAAGGGAGACCUUGUGGCAGACAGAGGACUACUCCAUGUUCACACUGGGCGGAAACAAUCUGAUGACGAUAAGUGAUGAAGUUCCACAAGGAAUGAAAUGGAGCCUGGAGGUUUAUCAUGACAUCAUCUGGCUUGGUGUGCACGCCUUCUCGUUCAUUGUAAUGACUUAUCAAGGGAUACUCGAGAGGCGUCUGGAGUGGAAAUAUCACCCAGCAGGCCCUAUGGAUAUAUGGGGAAUUGAAGAAAGCACAAUCUCCGUUCCGCCACCCUUUGUUGUUGUUCUAACCGAUGGUGAACUGGCUAAGAAGGCUACAGACCGGUGCCGGCAGGUGUGGGAACGCAACAUGGGCGUUAAUGUCGACUUGAAGGGCAACUCGAGCUUUCAACUGGUGUCUCUGGGAGCAGGGAAUACAUCUGUGGCAAUGGUGCUCUUCAACCCCCAAGACAAACAAGACACAAACACAGCCAGUGGCACUGAUUCAGGCAUCCUAAACAACAGUUCCUAUACAGGGACCGCCCACAUAAACACUAAGAAUAUAACCUGCGUUCUGAUCUACACACACGAUCCACCAUUGCUUUUUACCAUCACCGUAGAUCCAAGAAAGCCUCCACCCCCAUGCCCUGGAAGCAACGCUUACUUACACGUAGUAUCCGUCCCGACAUCCAAGCCCCAGACACCACCUAAUACUACAGAAGGGUACAGAUCGGAGAACCAGACCACGAUGGCAUCCAUGUCUCCGCCACAGGCCCGCACUCUCCGGACCAACCCUGAACAAGGCUCGUCAGAAUCACAGGGUGUUCUGAGACCCAUAGUUAUUUACAUAGGCGUUGUAGUGGGGAUUGUGUUCGUGUUGAUCCUUGUACCCAUAGGUUGCCUGCUGAAGGGACGACAGAAGGGUGCAGAGGUCACCGUUGCUUCACACGGUCCUGUCUCGUGUAGAACACUGCCAGCAGGUCUUUGUACAGUCUCGUACUCCCCUCACAGCUACUCAGUGAUCCCAGACCAUCUUGCUGCUGCGCAGCGUCCUCUACCAGCCCUCCCACACACAUACGCAGAGAUUCCAGAUCACAUAGCUCUUGCUCAGCGGCCUCUGCCUCACAUAUAUGGGGAGAUCGCAGACAAUGUCCAUGCAAAGUCAGCGCGAAAGAAGACUUUCACGCUCCCUACGAGAAGACGUGAACAGCUAGACGUUAAGGUGUCCUGUUGGUCGUUGCCUUCAUCCCUCCAUGCUACCAGGACAGCAGACCAUGACAGCCUUGAUGAUGACACUAUCACCCCCUACGCUGCUGCUGCAGAACCAUCGCUUCCAACAGUCACAAAGGCCCGACAAAAUAAAAGAAUGUAUGAUAGGAACGAUGACCAUUCUACAGCUGACAGACUUCUUGCUAUGUACGCAAGGCCUAGGGAAGUCCGACAUCACAGCUGUGUCACUACUUACGGAAUCCCUGAUACUUACUGGCAAUGGAAGGGAACUCGUUACACACCGCGGCGUGCGUCCCUUCCGCUUGUCAGACUACCUAACACCUACUGGCCAUGGGUGAUGCCAGAGGAGGGAACGCAAAACACACCACGGCGUGCGUCCCUCCCCAUCGACACACCACCUAACACCUACUGGCCAUGGGAGAUGCCAGAGGAGGGAACCCAAAACACACCACGGCGUGCAUCCCUCCCCAUCGACACACCGCCUAACACCUACUGGCCAUGGGUGCUGCCAGAGGAGGGAACCCAAAACACACCACGGCGUGCAUCCCUCCCCAUCGACACACCACCUAACACCUACUGGUCAUGGGUGAUGCCAGAGGAGGGAACCCAAAACACACCACGGCGUGCAUCCCUCCCCAUCGACACACCACCUAACACCUACUGGUCAUGGGUGAUGCCAGAGGAGGGAACCCAAAACACACCACGGCGUGCAUCCCUCCCCAUCGACACACCGCCUAACACCUACUGGCCAUGGGAGAUAUCAGGAAGUAAGGGAAGAGAACCCGUAACACAACGCAAAUAG